AUGGCAGAACUUUCCGUGUCGGUGGCAAUCCCUGCCGGCCAAACUCGGUCUAUCUUGCUACCGAGGUCAUCUGAGAACCAGUCCAUUCCCCCAGGAUACCUGGCACUCGAUGGUGACUUCUUUGGCAUCACGACUCUCUACGCCCCUCCUCUGGACGAUCAUAAAGUCGAUGUCAUUGCCAUAUCUGGGCUCGGCGGACAUGCCUUCGGCUCAUUCAAGGAGAGGGGUGGUGACUAUAUGUGGUUGCGAGAUUCUCUCCCAUCCGCUAUCACCAAGGACACCGGUGAGCCAAUGGCGCGGGUGAUGAUCUACGGCUACGAAUCUAGUAUUGCGCAGAGCAAGAGUAUAGAGACCUUGGAAUGUCUGGCAACAUCGUUUCGUGACAGCCUGCUCCCACUGGCAAAUAGUCAGAUGGUCAGGCCGAUCAUCCUUGUUGGGCAUAGCUUAGGGGGACUCAUCAUCAAGCAGGUGGGCUUAAUGACCCUGAUAUUGCUGUCAAAAUCGAAGACCGAGGAAUACAUAAGGCUCGUCCGUGCAGUGUAUGGGAUCGUCUUUUUCGGAGUCCCUCACGAUGGCAUGGACAUCAGCUCGCUUAUCCCAAUGGUCGGGGACGGGCCGAACCGCUUCCUUGUCGAGUCCAUAAGUCACAUUAAUUCGCAGCUCAGCAUCCAACAGCAGGAAUUCCAUAAAUCACUAGGGGAUAAGGGCGACAUGGAGAUCGUCUGCUUCUAUGAAACAUUGGAGUCACAAACAGCUAAGAAAGAUGAAAAUGGCAACUGGACGAUGGACGGACCAGCCGCAAUUCUAGUCACCAAGUCCUCUGCUACACACUGCCGUCAGUGGGAAGACGCCCGCGAGCACAUAUGUCGAGUUGCUCGUACGCACUCCGACAUAGUCAAGUUUGGACCUCAUGACCACGAGUACGAUAAAGUUCGUGCGAGGCUUGAACGCCUUGUUCGACGCGCACUGACGGCGCGGCACCAGGUUCAAAACUCAAACGCGCAGGCAAAGACAGUUCUACUCGACUCUAGGAUCACUGAUGCCUUGGAAAUCAAAGUCGUUAAUGGACUAUGUCGAACAAAGUUUGGGGAUAGAGACGGUCCAUUUGAUCGGAAACUUUUCCAGAUUUCCACAUGUUGGUUCCCGCUAACACCCAACGAUCUUGAACUCCAUGAAUGGACUAGCAAGUUUGUUAACGCCUUUAAGCGGAUCAACAAGCCCGACUCGUUUUGCAGCUCAUCGCUGCGCGAGUAA